AUGAAUUCUAGUAACUCAUCAAAACGUUUUCGUACUGAAGAUUCUUCGAUUAAUUCGAAUUGUUUUUUAUCAGACGAUCUUAUUUUUUGUCCAUUUUGUACAUUUAAUAGCAAUUCACAAGUUGAUAUCGAUUUUCAUAAUCAUAUUCAUCAUCAACAUCAAUGUUCUCAAUGUUUACAUAUAUUUCCUAGUUAUUUUCUUCUUGAACUUCAUAUGGAUGAAAUACAUAAUACAUAUUCAACAAUUCAAUCAUAUCGUUGUUUGAUUGAAACAUGUUCGAAAAUAUUUUCUAAUAUUGAUCAACGUUCUCAACAUAUAAAUACGGAACAUUAUACAAAAAAUUAUUCUUUAAAUAAGAUAUAUUCAUUAUUUUCAAGUCAUGAACAAUUAAUUAAAAUGAAAAACAAUGAUAAAGAUAAGAAAUUUGGUUGUGAUAGUCAAAAAACAUUUUUACGUAAUUCACGUUUAAAACCACGAGAAUUUCUUCCUUCACAUUGGGAUGGUAAUGAUGAAUAA